GAGUUUUUUAUAGGAGACGCACUGAGUUUCGUGCAAAACCCAUAUAAAUGGGCCAUGUACGGCGAGUGGGAACCCCUAAAAGACUUCUACAAGGAUAAUCCAGACGAAGUAUUUGGCCAAUUGACAACGAACAACGACACUGUACUACAUGUCGUAGCCGUUGCCGGACGCAACGACGUGCUUCAGUUUUUAAUUGAACUAAUAACAGACGCUGAGGACUUAGGCGAUGCGUUGACAAUCGAGAACAACUAUGGCAAUACCAUUCUGCAUGAGGUGGCUGCGUCUGGAAAUCUGGAGGCAGCAAAGCUCUUGAUGAGCGAGGAGAACAAAGUCAAGGAAAAGGAUCCUACAUAUGAAGGUAUGCUAGCGAUUCAGAACAGGUUAGGAGAGACCCCACUGUACAGGGCUGCUGCUUUCGGUCACACAAACUUGGUCCAAUAUUUGGCUUCCCAAGUAAAGCAGCAGCCGCAGCAGCAGCAGCAGCAGGAUAUAGAGCAGCAGCACCAGGAUAUUGAGAAACAGCAGGAUAUAGAGCAGCAGCAGGAGGCGGCUAUGGAGGACCAUUUCGACAGAGACCAUGAUAACAUGUCCAUUCUUCAGAUCGCAGUCAUUUGCCAACAUUUUGAGACUGCUCUUUGGUUACUAAAAGAGUACCCAGAUCUUGCGAAUAGAAAGGAAAGCAAUGGACUCACAAGUCUUCAAUUGCUAGCCCAAAUGCCAUCUGCCUUCGAACCCAAAUUUUUCAAAAGCAUAUGGAAGAUGCUCGUUUAUAAAUGGAUUUGCCCUUCUACUGAUGACAUGUUGAGCAGGAUCGAUCAGCCUUCCCAGUCUCGUUGUUCACAGGAUAUUACAAGAUGGCCACGAAUCCAAGAUAUGUUCAAUGAAAUGAAAAAUCACAAAUUUCUAUCGAGAUUCACUCGUUUGCUGGUGGAGAAGGACUAUUCAUGGGCGGUAAAUAUAAAACCCGAAGUCAACACAUUUACUCUGAUAUAUUCAAAAAAAUCAAAUGAUCCUCCACAAAGGGAAGAAAAUGCUCAAAUUUCUGAUUGUUGUUGCGACGAAGAAACCACUGAAUCUACCCUUAAGUAUACCCCAUUGCUUAUAGCAACAUGCAAGGGGAUAUCAAAAAUUGUGAAAAAGAUAUUGGUUUCUCACCCUCAAGCGGUGGAGGCGCACGAUCCUGUAUCUCAACAAAACAUUUUGCACAUGGCCAUUAAGUAUCGUCGGCUGGACAUCUUUAACAAUCUAGAAAAGAGCAAAUCUAUUGUGUCAAGGUUGUCUUACAGGAUUGAUAGUGAUGGGAACACCAUAUUGCACCACGCUGCACUUAAGAGUUCUUACUCUGUAGAAGCUCAACGCAUAAGUGGUCCUGCAUUUCAAUUGCAAGAAGAAUUGCGUUGGAUGACGCGUGUGGGAAAGAUAAUGCCACGUCAUUACGCCAUGCACCAGAACACUCAGGGUCUGACAGCGAAGGAGCUCUUCGAAUGUGAGCAUGAAAAGCUUCUUAAGUCGGCAAAAACAUGGAUAAAAGGGACGGCUCAGUCGUGCUCGACCGUGGCAGCUUUGGUGGCCACCGUGGCCUAUGCAGCCGCCUUUACAGCUCCCGGGGGUAAUAAUGACAGCGGGGUUCCUGUUCUCAGGAAUUCUCCUUUCUUUGCCGCAUUCACCGUUUCGGACACUGUCUCGCUCAUCUGCUCAUUGACUUCUUUGGGCACGUUUCUCUCUAUCCUGACGUCCCCAUUUGAGUACGAAAACUUUCACCGUUCUCUUCCCUUCAGGCUGCAUUUAGGAUUCGCCCUUCUCUUCUUCUCGCUGGUAGCCACCAUGCUCACCUUCACUGCUACUGUUGUGCUAUUGAUUCAUCAUCAAAGGACGUGGACAACGUCCCUCAUUUAUGUGGUUGCCCUUCUUCCAGUCUCUGUGUUUGGGCUCUCGCAGUUUCCUUUGUAUGAUGGAUUUCGCCAAAGUGUGAAAUACAUUUCAAAGACAAUUAGGGAGAUUAUAUCUAAAACCCUUAAAAAAGAAAAAGGAGGUGGGGAGAUUAUAUCUAAAAAAGAAAAAGGAGGCUGAUAUAUAUUAUAUUAAUGAGUGAUGAUUUGUGAGCUCUAUGUUGUAGCUCAAAAGGUCAGAAUAAGGGUGUUGCUAUAGCUCUCAGUUAAGGUUCCCUUUUCUUCCUUUGUGUGAUUGUGUUUUUUUUUCCCUCCUUUUAUGUGUAUUCCAGAAGAAGUUACAUCUUCGAAAUAAAGCGUAUGCUAAACAGUAUGUAUUGUUAAAAUCUGGAAAAUAUAGAGAGAACA